GAUGAGUGUCGGUCGGCUCAGCUUCCUCUGAGGCGUGUCUGCCUCGAGCUCCCCGCUGUCACUUCUCUCUGUUCCUCUCUGCGAGUCCACACAGCGACAUGAGUUACUACAGCGAUGCGUCCGCCGACGAGUUGGAGACUUUGGGGUGGUACCACUAUGACCUGUCCCGCCACGCCGCAGAGGCCCUUCUCUUGUCCAAUGGGACCGAUGGAAGUUAUCUGCUGAGAAACAGUAACGAGGGACCAGGCUGCUUUGCCCUGUCUGUCAGGGCGAGGGAUUCCGUGAAGCAUUUUCACGUGACACGCAAAGACAACGGUUACGUGUUUGGGUUCAACGAGUUUAUAACCCUACAAGACUUCGUCAACCACUUUGCUAACCAGCCUCUGUUGGGCAGUGACACAGGAACCCUGAUUGUGCUGAAGUGUCCGUACCCGUGGCGUGUGGAGGAGCCGUCCAUCUAUGAGUCCGUGAGAGUUCACACCGCCAUACAGACAGGCCGCACAGAGAAUGAUCUGGUACCGAAUGCACCUUCGCUGGGCACAAAGGAAGGCUAUCUGGUGAAGCAGGGAGCGUUUGUGAAGAACUGGAAACAGAGGUGGUUCACACUGCACAGACAUGAACUGAAAUACUUCAAAGACAAAAUGUGUGAGGAGCCCAUUCGAACCCUGGAUCUGAGAGCCUGCUCUGCAGUCCAGUUUGACUACUCUCAGGACAGAGUCAACUGUUUCUGCCUGGUGUUUCCUGAGAGAACAUUUUAUCUCUGUGCAAAGACGGGCGUGGAGGCAGACGAGUGGAUCAAGAUCCUGAGGUGGAAACUGUCACAGAUACUCAAAGGCCGAUGACUUCUGAUGGAACGAAUCCUCGAGUUCAUAGAAAACAUCAGAUCAGCUGGAUGAAGAAUAAAGAACAGCGCCAUCCAAGUGGAGUGGAGCGUGGAGACACCGGGACACACUCCCCUCAGUGGACUGACGGACUCACUGCUUACAUGUGAUUCACCUUUGCUUGAUGAGAGAUGCUUCGUUUCUCAUCACCCAGAGGAACCUGUAUGUUGAACAUGAACAUCUACUUAAAGGAUAUUGCUAGCCAUGAUUGUGUAAGACCAAAACCAACAGUGUGUGAGUGUGUCUCUGAGUCCUUUCUGAUUCCCCCCAACCCGUCUGUGGCUCUCAGCUCGAAGCCCAUUGGUUCCCACCACUGAGCCAACAGCUACACAAACAGAGGGAAAUAAUGCAUUUGUUGUCCUAUUUACACACUGAUUUUAAUUUGUAUUUCCGGCAGCAGGACGAUGUAUGUGGAAUGGAGUAAGAAUAAACUAGUGUGUGUGUUCCUGAAACAUGUCACCCAGUGCAACAGUGUGGCUGUUGCUAGGAGAUACAUUCAUUGUUGGGUUGUGGGGGUUUGUCAAUAAGAUAAGCAUAGGUUGUGUCCAGUCUUAUCCUUGUAUAACUCCAAAGCAAUCGGUUCUCUCCUGGAAACAUUUAGUUUUAAAACUGUAAAUACACUUGUAUUUUUGAAUAAAUCAGCAUGUAUUUGAAAAAAAGUCAGCCCAAGAUGAUGAUGAUUCAAGGAACAUCCACUACAUGUUACAUUGAAUAGGUUUGUGAGAUAGAGAUAGAGAUGUCCUCAGCCGGUGAGCACUGCGUGAGCGUUUACUGAAGACUGAUGCUUUGAAGGAUUCUAAUGAAUCAAUCAUUCUGAAGUGACAAAAUCAAAGUUUAAUCAGAAGCUCCUGCACCGCUCCUUUAAAGAGAUGGUUCAGUUCUUUUGAAGUGUGGUUGUAUAAAGCACUUCUGCAGUACUGCCUACAGUAGAUAAGGUCCAGCAGAGAAGCAGAGACGAGUACCCGGCACACAGACCAUUGGCUCAGAACCCAAGAUGGACGUGCUGGUACCAUCACAUCUCUGAACUAUGUGCUGAUAUGAUAGACCUUGAUGAGUUUAUUAGUGAUAAUCCCCUCUUAGAAUAAUGGGCUGCUGGAAAUCAUCUGUCUUUCAUGAAAUCCUCCCCGUGUGGUGUCUGGACUUCUGGACCCCCAAACAUACUUGUAUUAAGCUCCCAAGUAGACGUUGAAGUAACUAUUAUCUUAUACACUCAAGUAAAGUGACAGCACUGUUUAACAUUAGCAAUUGUAUUAUACUAUAACACUAAUCUAAGGACUCAGGGGCAGUAUUUGUAAAGACCAAUGAACAAUCCACAAUGAUUAUUAAAGCCAUGUC